AUGUCCGAAGGUGUCCAAGUCCUAGUCAGUUGUGUAGAUAAUCAUAAUUCCCUCUCUGAUGUAAAUAGAUCAAAUGAUUCAGCCGAAAGCUGGAAAAUGAAUUCUGGUCAACAAAAACUUUUUGAUCAAAAAUACCCUCAACUUACAAGUUAA